UCUGCCGAAGCCUGGUCCUCCUGCCAAGGAGGAAGGGGCUCUAGAGGGCAGCUCAAAGGGCAGCAGUGGCCCAUCUAAGAGUCCUCAGCCUUCCACCAGCCCUGCACCCUCAGAGACUCCCCAGAGAGCCAAGAGCCCUGCAUCCACACUCGCCAUGAACGGCCCGAGGACUGCCUCAGCGGAAGGCCCCAGCGAGGAGGCCCAGGGCCUGUCCCGGAAGAGGGUGGCGAAUGCAGUGAGGAAGGUGGUGAGCAAGGUGCUGCCUGGCGAGGAGCCUGGGAGCACCAAGGAACCUGCGGGCAGAGGGGUCAGGUCUCCUGAGCACCCAGCUCGAGGCAGGAGGGGAGAAAAGACAGCCACUCCCACUCCCCCUGCUCGGCCGAAGUCCGAAGCAGAGAAGGAGGCCGCCAAGGAUGAGCUCUCCGUGGGCCUGCGGAGCCUGAUGUCUCGGGGCAGGGGCAAGGACCACAGGCCACGUAGCAGGCAGGCUCCUGGGAAGGGGGAGAAGCCCUCCAGCCAGGAGCCAGGCCCCUCGGGGAAACCAGUCUCCCCAGAGACAGUGGACGCCUCAGAGAAGCUAGGCUCCCCAGCCCAGUCGGAAGAGCUGGCGGCCCCAGGCUCCGCCGACCCGAACCUCAAGUCAAACCUCACUGGAUUGCAACAGAACAAGUCACCAGCCCCUGACGUGCAGCAGGAGGUACCUGAGUGUGUCACUAACCUCUGACCCUCCCUUACCACCCUCACCUGAGGACUGGCAGCCAGCUUUCCCAAGGCUCUUCCACAGGCCCCGCAUGACGGCGAAGCUGGGCCCGGGCCACGUGCCGAUGGCAGGGCUGCACGGCUUUCCUUCACCGAAUGCCAGAACCCAGGGGACCCGUUAACUGCAUGCUGCUCCUCUUCCACACUUGCCAGGGAGUUGGGGCCUGGCCCCCAGCUACAUGGCAUCAGCUUGGGGCCCCAGAUCCCAAGUUGAGGAUCAGAGUCUUAGCAGAUCAGUGAGAGGGUAGAAAGACAGAAUUUCUGGGGUCAGGUGGCCUGUGCUCACAUCCCAUCCCCAGCCACUCACUCCUGUGGGACCUCAGCAUCUCUGAGCCUUCAUCUGUCGAGUGGGGAUCACAUAGGUCUACCAUCCCUCCUCUGAAGCCCCUGGGCCAGAAGUAUUUUGGAAAUUAGCGAUUUUUUAUAUUUGAGACUGUCAUGCAAUGUACAUAAUGAGCAGCAACUCGUGACCAAACACAUUAAUAUUCCCACAGGAAAAUUAUGAAUGUUCAUGCUGCAGGCGGGGGGGGUGGUGGAUUAAACAGUCAGGUUUUGCCACCAAAACCGUUAGGAAAAGUCUUUUGUUUUGGAGGGCUUUUUGGAUUUUAGAAUUGCAAAUAAGGGAUAAUACCUACUUUGAAGUGUUGCUGUGAGCAUUAGAAAGGAUACAGGGAAUGAAUGCUCUGAGCCUGAUCCCUGGUGUGGUGUGUGCUCCGUAAACGGUAGCAUCCGUAGUGAUGCUGGUAACAGUGCUUAUUGGUACCAUCAUCGCCAUCACUACUUCUUCAGGCCUGGCCAGCUGUCCCUCUGGCAGCAGGACUCUUGAGGAGCUCUGGGCCUGGGUGGCGGAGGAGCACAGUGGGUCCCCUUUGUAUCGGUGGUCCUGUCUGUCCACAAAGUGCCCUCUGGGUGGGACAGGAGGCUGAGAGGCACAGGGGAGGGCCAAGGAUGAUCUGUCCAGCCCUUUCCCUUGGAAGGCAUGCCUGCUUGGCUGGUCCUUGGGUUGGGGGGCAUUUCUCUUCAAGCUUUCCCAUUUUGUGGACCCU